CCUUCUGUUCUGAUUCUGAGCCAUUCCCGUGGCAGCUUCACUGUCCAUGCUAAUAGUAAUAUGGUACCCAUACUCAUCUUCUUAUUCAUCCUUUUCAACAUAACGCUAAGGGAGUUCCGGCGUCUUCCAGCUUUCUCCGGCCACCAGGGUCCGCCAACCUAUCCUCUCAUCGGAUGCCUAGUUCCCUUUUACAAGAACCGCAACCGCCUCCUUGAUUGGUACACUCACCUCCUCUCUCACUCACCCACUCUCACUAUCGUCCUUCGUCGUCUAGGUACACCGACCACCAUUGUCACUGCCAACCCACAAAACGUAGAGUAUAUCCUCAAAACUAACUUCAACAACUUCCCAAAGGGCAAGCCCUUCACGGACAUCCUCGGUGAUUUUCUCGGCCAUGGCAUCUUCAACGUGGAUGGCGAGCUGUGGCAGACUCGACGUAAACUAGCCUGCCACGAGUUCACCUCAAGGUCCUCGGGGGAUUUCGUUGAGCACACGUUGGAAGAAGAAGUGAAUGAGAGGCUUGUGCCGGUGCUUGAGAGCUUGUCCAAGAGAAACCAAAUCGUGGAUUUGCAAGAUUUGCUUGGGAGAUUCUCGUUCAACGUGAUCUGUAAAUUCACAAUAGGGAUCAACAUGUGUUGCUUGGAUCCUUCUUCGCCCAUUUCGCCUCUGGCAAGAGCUUUUGACGUAGCAUCGGAGAUAUCUGCGAGACGUGGGGCAGCACCUUUGUUUUUGAUCUGGAAGAUGAAGAGAUGGCUUGGUGUUGGAUCUGAACGGAAGCUCAGAGAGGCUGUCGAAGAAGUUCGGAGUCAUGUCAUGGAAAUGAUUCGUGACAGGAAGAAGAAGAUGAAGGCAAGAGAGGAGGCUGGCGAUGAGGAUCUCUUAUCACGGCUUGUAUGUGCAGGUCAACAAGAGGAGGCGAUCAGAGAUAUGAUGAUAAGCUUCAUACUAGCAGGUAGGGACACGACAGCUGCAGCUUUGACAUGGUUCUUCUGGUUGAUUUCCCAUCAUCCUGAAACGGAGCAUCGGAUUGUGAAAGAGACAGAAGACAAGACAGGAGACUCAUUAGAUUAUGAAUCUCUGAAGAAUCUUGAGUUUUUAAAGGCUUGUCUUUGUGAGUCGAUGAGGUUAUACCCACCUGUGGCCUGGGAUUCUAAGCAUGCAAUAGCAGAUGAUUUGUUGCCAGAUGGCACUAGGGUCCGAGCAGGAGAUAAAGUAACGUAUUUUCCUUACGGGAUGGGAAGGAUGGAAGCACUGUGGGGAAAGGAGUGGUUCGAGUUUAGACCGGAUCGUUGGUUCAUUGAAACAGACGAGAACAAGAGGAAUAAGGUUUCAGCGUUCAAGUGUCCAACGUUUCAGGCUGGUCCUAGAACGUGUCUUGGGAAAGAAAUGGCUUUCAUUCAGAUGAAGUACGUGCUGGCUUCAAUCCUCAGGAGAUUCAAGAUCAGAGCUGUCAGCCAAGACAAGCCUAUAUUCGUGCCAUUUCUCACGGCACACAUGGCCGGCGGUCUGAAGGUGCUUGUUUCCAAGAGGGUGAACCCCCCUUAAAUAGGCUUUAAAUUAUAAAACUUUAGUUAAUGCGUGCGUGCCAUUAUUUCUCCUUUUUUUUUUCGGGUGUAUGAAACAAUUGUAAACUCAUACAGUGAAGUUUUCGACACGUUUAGCAGCGGAAUCCAAAUAAUUGAACAUGCUCAUGAUCACCGUCAUCACUCCCUGCAAAACAUGCUAAGAGCAAAUGCAUCAUCAUUGUUGUAAUUUAUAAAACAUGGUCAAAUUAUAUUGCAUAUGGCCGUUCCAAUUGAUUAUUUAUUUCACAUGCAAUGGUCCACUCUGCGC